GACUUUUAUUGUUGGUAUAGGAUAGCUAUACCAACGGUUAAUCUUUUCCAUUGGUUAUUACAAUAUCAAUUCCAACGACUAGUUUAUAUUGUUGGUAUAUGUUAAGCAUUUCUUAUAUUAAAAUCAUAUCCGUAGGUAUAUUGUUAGAAUAUACCAACAACUAUUAUUAAAAAUGUAAGUAAAAAUUUUCAAAAAAAUGUAAGUGAAAAAUGAUUAUUAAAUUUAGAAAAGUAAGUGAGAAUUCCAUAAAAGGCUGGCUGGGCUGGGCUGGAGCUUAGAUUCCAAGAGUUAAAAUACAGUCCAUAGUCCGUAAUAUGGGUUGGAGCUUAGAUUCCAAAUCCUACGAAAAAAUAAAUUGAAAAUCAAAAGUUGAUCUAAAUUCCAAAUCCUAAAACUCAUUCACAGCUUACUUGUACAGUGCAAACUUCAAUCGUCUAAUUGGCCGGCCGUUCAUCGCGACACUGGUUCAACUUCUCAACAAAAAUGAGAUCUAUUUUUAAUUGAGACUCUAGUGCAAGUUUAAGAUCCCUAUUUUUAAUUGGGUAUCUAAUUGGCCGGCCGUUCAUCCCUAAUCAUUCCAAAUCUGAAACAUCGCUCUACUGUUUGUAACUCGCAGCUUGUCGAUUCAGCCAUGGAUUAGCAGCAGCCAGCAGAUCAGUUGUGCAGCUUCUGAACGUCGUAUCUUCAUCUUUAAGGUAUGGAUUCCAUGAUUAUAUUUCGCGUUUUGAUUUAAUUUUGAGACGAUCGAUCAUGGUGGCUUGAAGAUGAUAUUCUAGCGGCUUCCAUGCGGAGGGUAGUUCACCUGCAGGAGAGCUAUUCUAAUUGGGACUUGCUGACUGCCUUAUGUGUGGCUCCAUAGUUGAUUGGGAGCCAAUUGAGCCACCUGCAGAACCAAUUGGAGCCUGAAAUGGAAAUUAAAAUUUGAUUUCAAAAGCAACAAUUUCUUUCCUGAACGGGCUGAUUUAAUGUUUAAUGUGGUUUUUAGUUUGUUUGACAAUUUUGGAGCUCUUUAAUUUUUAUUCAGAAGAAUGGUAUGAAUGCCUUGCUGCUACCCUUUUAUAUUUUUGAUAAAAAUUAUGCCAUUUUGUACGUAGUUUCGUUGGGUAAAAAAAAUAUAAUAAAACAGAAUCAAAACCGAAGACAUCAUUCACUACUGCUCCAACGAGUUUUACUGUCUCGUAUUUUUGCUUUUGGUCAUUUUCCGUUUCCCAAACGCGAAUUUGUUUCUUAGUAUUAAGCUUUUUCUUCUGCCUAGUGUUAAUCACAAAGCUGCCAUUCUGAGUAGCCUUAGCUUACCCUAACUCUCUGCAAUGUCUUCUUUAUUGUAUGCCUCCUCUUUAUGGACAUGGCUGCAGGUCGCUCAAGUAAGUUCUUCUUCGCCAACCUUUUCCCUUUCAAUUUUUUUCCCCAACUUUAUCUUGUAUAGUGUAUACAUCAUUUGUCACAAUGGAAUGAACAAAGAAAAUGACAGAAGAAAUACUAUUUCCUUCUUCUGCUUUCCAAUCAUUCCUCUAAAUAUUUAAGUGGAAAACAAAAAAGAAUACUGAUCCUAUAAAGAAUAUUGAGCAAUAUUUGUAUUAUUAAGGAAUAUUAUUUACUCCAAGUCUUCAAAUAGAUUUGAAACAUAAUUAAAUUUCCUUCUUGUUCUUAUUUGCUUUCACUUUAAUCCUUUAGUAUGAAGUCUUCACCUUAUAUUAAUAACAUUGUUAUUUUAUACGAAUUAGAUGGAUAAAACAUGGAUAGGUCUAACAUCAAGAGUUAGCGCGGAAUACAUUAAUGGGGUCAACGAAUUUCUAGAUUUUGCCUAUGUAGGUAACUGGAGCAAAUUUGGUAGAUGAUCCUUUUGUAUUUGCUACACAAGUAAAGAAGGUUUACUAUGUGGAGGAUAAUAGAGAUGACGGGUGGCUUCUUGCUAGACAUGCAAAGCUUAGAGAUGCCUUUGAUAUGGGUGAUGAAUCAUAUGUUGAAAGAAGACAUGAAAGAGAUAGUUCUCACAAUCCAAACCUUGAGAGUGAUGACUCAAAUAAUCCUUCAAUUUGGGUUAGAGAUGAGUAUAUAAACGAGGGAGUGGAAAUUACACCAGAGAUGGAAAAUGAGCUUCUGGAAGAUGAUCCUGCUGAUGAAUACAUUGAGGAGGAUAUGUUUUAACAAAUAAAUAUAAAUAUAUUGUUUUUGUAUAUAUUAAUAACAGUAAUUUUAUGGUUCAGUGAAGUUUUUUUUAAAUAAACGCUAGAUCCCUUCUUUUUUCUUUCAGCAUUCUUUAUAAGGUAAACACAUGUACUUCAAAUCUAAUUUAUAGUUUUGCUUUGUUGCUUCUCAAAUCUAAUAUGAAAAUCUAAUUUAUAAACACACAGGGUUUGGGAAUGGCACGUAAGCGAUUAAAAACCACAAAGGCAUUACGUGCUUCAAGUUCGCAAUUGCAUUCGGAGGCUUCACAGCAUUGUCAAAAUAAUGAACAAUCAGUUUCGUCUACAAAUAAUGUGGAACAUGUCACUGAAGAAGUGGAAGAAGUCAUUGGUAUGUUUUCAACUUAUAGCAAACCAGGAGUCUAGUAUUGAAAAAUUUCUAGAUCAGAGCAUACACUAUAAGAACCAGUGUAAGAGGACGUACAUGUUUACAUGAAAUACUCAUUCACAUUUACUCCCUAUGUUGUUAUGUACCAAAAACAGGACUUGAUAUUGAACCUGCUAUUGGCUAAAUGACUGCCUUGUUUGAUAUCAAACUAUUUUAGUAUUAUUUCUUUUAACCAAGUUUUUUAUCUCAUUUUAUUUAGUUCAACCGAAGCCUAAAAAGCUUCGAGGAUACACGCGUAUGGCUGAGAUAUGGGAUUUGGACAAAGAGGAACAAAUUAUAGUUGUUGUGAAUGCUCAUCAUAUACCAAUAGGUGAUGCAGCUGCAAAGCUAAGUAGAUUUAUUGGUACCAUGGUUAGAAUGUCUGAUUUCGCCCCCUUGACUUACACAAUUUGGCCUGACGUUCCAGUUAGAAAGAAGGAAGAAAUGUGGGAGAUAGUGAAGGAAAAGUUUCAAUUUAGAACAUUGGAUGGAAAAGAGGUUACAGAAGGAGAGGCAUUUAAAUGCAUAAAUGUGUGGACACUUGAGAACAUGAGUGCUAAGUGGAGGACUUGGAAAAAUGAAUUGAAGAACAUGUACUUUGAUGAUGCAUUGACGCCACUUGAAAUGCAUUCACAUGUUCAUGAUAGUCGAGUAAAUAAAGAUCAAUUCAUAAGCAUUGCUACACAUUGGCUUACUGAUGAAGCAAAGGAACAAAGCACAAAAAAUAAAGAAAAUUGUUCAAAAUCAAAAGAGCCUCACUGCACGGGGACAAAGUCUUUUCCGAGACUUAUUCAUGAGAUGGCAGAAGAAAGUAAUGGUAUUCAACCAUCACGUGCUAAGGUUUAUGUUCGUACUCGAACAAGAAAAAAUGGAAGCAUUGUGAAUGACAAUACUGCUGAAGUUGUGGAGCAAAUGAAACAAAAAAUGAGCGAAACAACCAUGGAAAGUGAGGGUACUUCAUGGGAUAACGAUGUUUAUGCACAAGUGAAGGGACCUGAGAAAAGAGGCUAUGUUCGUUGCAUGAGAACGAAAAUAAAAAGAUCUAAUAGUUGUGGUUCUUCAUGUACACAACAACGAAGAAAGAAUGAUGAAGUAGAAACGAUGAAGGCUGAGAUUUGUGGAUUGAAAACAGCUCUAAAUCAUGUGUUAUCUAUAAUGAAGAAAAGAUUUCCUGAAGAUGAAUUAAGUAACCUAAUCAUAGGACAGAUACCUGAAGGAAAUAGCGCCCCACAUGUUCCCCCGGAUGAAAACAAUCGUUCUUCUGAGUCAAGUCAUCAAAUGGAAGAAAGUGAAAUAUAAUCUGGUACUCAGUGUCCUCUAUUUCACCAUCCAGAGUAUAUAUGGGGGUUUUCAGGAUUUGAUUCAAUAUAUAACAAGUUCUGCAUUUCGAGUGUUCUAAGGAUGAAGAAAAUCAGACAUGGAACCUGGGAAUUAGCAAACUGCUCAAAGUGUUAUAUUUCAAAUACAAACAUAAUUGCAUUAUAAUGACUUGACUUGGAUUGUAAAAGACAUGACUUGGAUUUAUGUUUUAUCAACAAAUUCAAUAUUAGUACUUGAUAUUAUAUUGGUUGAGUAUAGAUGUUUUUCAGCAUAUAAAGAAAACUGGUGUUAUUAUGAAAAAUACAUUGAAUGGUGUUUUUUUAUUGCAAAUUAUAAUUUUAUUUUGGAAAUGUGGUGUUUGUGUUUGUAAAUAUCAAGUAAUUAUUAUUGCUUCAUAUAACAGGACAAUAGCAAUGGUAAAUUAACCGUUGCUAUAGCAAAAAGUUAUGUAAAACUAUAACACGUCUAUACUAACGGUAAAUUCAAUUACUAACGGUCAUUAGUUUGUUGGUACAAGUUUAUAAGCUAUUCCCAUGGGUAAGAAAUAUGUUGGUGUUGGUCUAUACCGACGGAACGUAUACUGACGAUAAAGUUUCUAUGGGAAUAGCUAGUAUUUCCGUUGGUAUAGCUAAUUGAUCUCUAUACCAACAGUUUUUAUAUCUAUACCAACGAUUUUAUUACCGUUGGUAAAAGGCAGUUUGUUUGUAGUGAGUAUUCUUCUUGGAGCUUUGGACAAAAAUCCUUAAGAUGCCUAUGAGACAUGCAAAUGUUGCAGGUCUUGGCAUCUUGAGCUUUUGAUCAUAAGAUAAACUCCUUUAUUAGAGAAGGCAAGAUGGAAAUUUGACUCUCUAGGGAUGAUGUGUUGGUAUCCAUAUACUCAUGUAAGCUCAGAAAAUAGAAAAGUAAUUUUUUAAUAUAUUUUUAUUAUUAUUGUUUUUCCCUGGCAACGACGCCAAAUUUGACGAGCGCUUUGUCGUAGUGCGUCAAAAUAAAUUCGAUACUAACACUUAUACGUAGUAUAGUGUAGUAGAGUUCGUAUCAACAUGGAAAGGAAUAAUUCUCUUUUUACGAACUAGUAAAUAAAUGGGGGUGUGGGAUUGAGUGAUUUAAUUUAAUUAAACACUAAGAUAAUGACUUAUAUGAGAUUUAAUUCAAAGAUAAAAGGGACUUGCUUUGCUACUUUCCACUUGUUGAUAUAUUUAGUCGAUCCUUGUUAUAUCUAUAACUAGUAUAGUACCCCGUGCAUACGCACGGAAAAUAAAAGUUGGUGCAUAUAUUUUUACUCAUGAGCUAAUUAUAUAUUAGAACAAAAAUAACUUUUCAGGAUUCUACAUUUUCGAAAAAUAAGAGUACUAAUAUCAUAAAGUAUAAGCCAUACAAUAAACAUUCAAUGAAGAGUAUAUUAGAAAAAAAUAAUGAAAA